CUGACCAAUGAGCGCCCUGGGCCGGGCCGAACCAAGGGGGAGGGACAGCGGCCUGUUCAAACCGGUGGCGGCGGCCGAGGCCGAGCGCCGGGAUGGUGAACCUGGUCAGUGACUUGGGAACCCAGGAAAUGUGAUGCUCGCCUACCCUAGGGAAAUAGUCUGGCUGCUAACAAGUGCAAUUACUCUUCUGUUGAAGCCUGGCGCGAUGCAAGCAAAUGAGUUUGACUCAUCUGAUGAAGAGCCUAUUCAAGAUGAUCAGAUACCAUUUCAGAUAUCAUGGUUAGCCCUGUCAUCUGUCUAUUGUUCUCAGUUUCUGGGAAUAUGUUCUCUGCCAGGUUGUAGGUUCAAGGAUGUUAGAAGAAAUCUUCAGAAAGAUAUAGAAGAAUUAAAGAGGUAUGGGACACAGGAUAUAUUUGUGCUCUGUACCAGAGGAGAGCUCUCAAAAUAUCGGGUGCCAAACCUACUAAACUCCUACCAGCAGCAUGGGAUUAUUGUGCACCACCACCCUAUUCCUGAUGGAGACACUCCUGACAUUGCCAACUGCUGUACCAUUCUGGAAGAACUAAGGGGCUGUCUGGAAAACAACCGGAAAACAUUAAUACACUGUUACGGAGGACUUGGACGUUCAUGUCUCACUGCAUGUCUUUUGCUUCAAUUAUCUGAUGCAAUGGAACCCCAAGAGGCAAUAGAGAGCCUCCGAGACUUAAGAGGAUCUGGGGCAAUACAGACAAUAAAGCAAUACAACUAUCUCCAUGACUUUCGAGAGAACCUGGCUGCACAUCAGUCAACAAAAGAUGCAAUAUUAAGAUCAGUAUCAAGAUAAACUAAUAUUGGCAUCAUGGUAUAUCUGUUUACAUAUGGUAUUUUGGCGAGUACAAGUUCUACGUAAAAAGACAUCUCUCACCUACAUGACCUUUUAAUAUCACUUUAUUAGUCACUGCUUCUAGCAAAGUAUUAUCCUAACACCCAGUCUCUCUACUGUAAAUAGAUACAAGACUGGUGCUGGAAAGGGUCUUGUAAGCUAUAGUAAUAUCCUGCAUUUCAUACUUCCAAGGACUAAUUUCUAAGUUCAUUCUCUACAAGUAUUUCCACCCAUGAAGGGAGAAAUGCUAUGCUGGUGUCCCCUUCAUUUCUAAUGGACUUGUUUUAGUACAGUAACUUCAGCAGUGAACUGCUGAUUCAUUAAUUCCCUUCAUCAAGGAUGUCCUUACCAGCAUACAAGUUUCAACACUCUGAACUAGUAUUUUGGUUUUUAAAUUUUGGUGUUUUCUGUAUUUUGCAUUUUAUGUAUUUACUGAAUGGAGGGUAUUACAGGGAAUGUCAAAUAAGAAAUAAAACUAAUGCAUUGUCUUUUUUUUCUUGUAAGUCAGCAGGAAUAGUUGGGGGUGAAAGGGGAGGGAAGCUUGAAAUGGGAGUAAAAAGAUCUGGUAACUUAACAGUAGCCAGCUGAGCUCUAAGAGCCAAGACUACUGAGAGCCAGAAAGGGCCUCCUUUUACUCUUCUGUUAAGGAUUUUCAAAGCGUUCCAGAGCAGCAGUCUAGUUCUUUCCACAAGUCCUUGACUAAUGUAAUUUGAUGGCAUAUGUGUGUGUGGGGUGGUCUGGUUCUGUACUCAACACCUAGGUCACUAUUUUAAUCGAAAUCAGUGAAAAGUGAGCUCAU